GCUUCUUUUGACAAUUCCUGUAAAUGGUAAACAAACAGGAGGACGAUGAGGUUAGCGGGCGAAUCCACAGGCAUGGCUGGAAGGAUAUUCGACGGGCCUACAGCAUGGAAUUGCCUCAAUGGAGUGAUAAACGUGUACAAGCCAGCUGGAGUCAAAAUAGACCGUGUCCGUAGUGCAAUUUUAGGGAAUGUAUGCAAAGAUUUAAACAGCCUAAAAGUAAGGGAACCAAUACAGCGGGUCGCUAUAGAGCCAGGAGGGAACCAAAAAUAUCUUAUAAGAAAGGAGCAGAAUCUAGCAGAUCACGUUUUAGCUGUUGGUCCACGAUAUCAGUUAAAAGACUUCAAAUUCAAUGUUGCAGCCGGUCUGGGCCCUCACACAAGCGGUGUCCUAGUUGUAGGAAUUAAUAAUGGCACAAACACAACGAUGAAAAUACAAUCAAAUCGCCCAUUACGUGCAUAUCACGUAACCGGACGUUUCGGGAAGGCAACUGAAAAUUUCUUGGGUGAUUCAAGGGUGACAUUGAAAGCAAAAUUCGGACAUGUGCGGAGUGAACGCCUCGGCGCAAUGGUCGCCUCACUGCAAGCUUCAAAUCAACGCAAAAUGUACGAAAUGUGUGGCGUAGAUUUACAGUCACAAGCAGCAUACGAACUGGCGUCAAAAGGAUUAUUUCGUCCAGCGGAUAACACAUUACCGGUCAUAUUUGGAAUGAAGUUAAUCCAUUUCCAGCUACCUGAAUUCACAUUGGAAGUGCACGCAAUGAAUGAAUCGGAAAAAUAUUUAGCGGCUUUAAUUAAUGAUAUUGCAAUUGAGCAACGGUCAGUUGCCUUCUGCUCGGGGAUUCGUUGCAUUAGACAUGGUCAUUUCAGCAUCGAGGACUCUCUGUUACGGAGACAUUGGACGUUGGAGGGCGUCUUGCAGAAUAUGUCAGAAUGUAGGAAAAUUAUAAAACAACAUCCGCAAAUGCUAAACAGAAGAGAUGGCUCACUUACAGGGGACUAGACACGAAAUUUUAUCCUCAAAUAUGAUCCCGCACUAGUUUUCGCAAUCCACCUACAAACAGAAUUACGAAACUGGCUUUAAGUUUCUUUAAUUAGUAAGGAAACCAAAAACCUAUAAUUUGGAUAAAUAAUAUUUUAUUUCUGUAAACCUUAA